AUGGCGAGCGUAGUCGAGCAGCUCGAUGCUCAAAUCGCCCAGCUGCUGUCCGGAUGGAAUACCCUCUCCACCAUUCUCGUCGUCGGCAUUGUUGGUUUUAUUGGCUGGGUCAUAUAUGAUACUCAAGAUGCUGAUACUCAUCCUCUGCUGCUAGCAAGACAGGCUCAGGCUUCCUACGUCAGACAGCCUGGAGAGUCUGCUUCAUACAGGUCUCCAGAGACCCCUCAUGGCUAUCCUCUCCGAACAGGCCUCGCCGUCAAACCCCCAGGCGCUCCGAUGUACUCUGCUGGCAAAGAUGGUGAUCUCCGUGAUAUUUGGCGCCGCGUUACCGGCGAGAUUCCCCUCGAGAAGAAUGCCACCCCCGACGGGACAGGCAAAAUCAUCACCGUUUUUGGCAAACAGGAUAUCACCGAGCACAAGAUUCCCGAUAUUACAAAGGAGAUAGCAAUCAUUGGAAAGCAUCUGCAAGAUCACGGUGCUAAACGCGUUGCUAUUUACUUGCCGAACAGUGUCGAGUUCCUCGCAGCUCUAUUCGCCGGCGCUUUCUACGGCUUCUCCCCAAUCUUGAUUCCAUACAAUCAGCCGCAUCCCACUUUGAUCGAGCUUUUGGCCCGAACCAACGCGGAUUCCCUCAUUGCCGAAGCUGGCUCCCUUCCGCUCGCUGAUGUCACCCGUGGGGCGGCUGGUCUCCGCCAGGUGAUCUGGACUGUCGAGAAAACAAGCAGGCAUAUGGAUUGGAACGAGGUGCCGGAGGGUAUUGGUGGUAAGCUCGAUGUGUCUGUCUGGCACGAGCUUGUACAGGAUCACAAGAACGGUUCAAUCGAAUUACCCCAGAACAGUGGAAAGGCACCAAACGUUGUUUUCCUAUGGCAGCAAGGCAUCACCAAGUCUGUAGAGAUUGUGGAAUUCACACAGCAGAACUUAUCUGCAGCCACUGGAGCUCUUAUUUCAGCAUUGCCCGCCCAUCAGCGUUUCUCGCCAUCUGACACAUUGCUCCCCGCCGACUUGUUUACCCACUCCUACGCAUUGACCCUUACACUGGCAGCACUCUUCUCCCACUCCACUGUCGUUAUCAAUUCCGUCGCCGGUCCUGGUGUAGAUUUGACACUUGCCAGCCGUUUGGUUUCCCCCACGAUCAUAGUUGUAUCCGCGGAGACGGCCGCUAAACUCCACAACACUACGACCGAAACCAUCACUGGUGCUCUGAAGAAGUUCGCACAUUACCUAGAGUCUCGAAUGCUGGCCUCUGGACGUCUUCCUACGGAUUCGCUGUUCACUCGCCUCAACGCACCAGUCAGGGCAUCCGUCGGCGCUACACCAGGAAAACUACGCCUUCUUUUCGUCUCCGAGAGGGUUGGUCAAGAUGACACGCCCUUGAGCUCUGAUGAUCUUUCCGACUUACGCAUCUAUACGAAGGCUCGUGUCAUUUAUGCGUUGACGGCCGCUAAGGUAGCUGGCGCGGUUGCGCAAACCUAUAUUUAUGACUAUCGCCGAGGCACGACGCCGGCAUCUAAACACAGUCAUUUUGGCGUUCCGCUCAGUUGCCUGGAGGUCAAGUUGAAGGAUAAUGCAGCUCAUAAGACGACCGAUGAGCAUGUUGCGGGUGAAGUUAUUGUAGCAGGAUCAUCUGUAGCAGGUGGGGAGACAUCAUUGGGAGUAAAUGGUACCUUCCGGGAAGACCACACAUUAGCAUACAUCUAA